UCCUACCUUGCAAAUCCUAUGCUCUGUUUCAGGGAGGUCACAGUUCCGUUUAACUCACGCGAGGGCCAGUCACGGCGCUCCUGGGCCAUGGCUGAUUCGGAGGCCCCUGAGGCCAGUACUCGAUUGCUGGAGGCGGAGACAAAAAGCUCCCCUCCGGCUGAGGGGGCUGCCCAGCUUUGCAUGGUGGUCAUUGGCAUUGGCUACCUCUUUCCCAUUGCUGCCAUUUGGGCUGCCUUCGACUACUGGAAGCUGCUUUUUCCCGAUCAGAAUGUGGAGUUCGCGGUGACAGCCUUGUACCAGGCAGGUUCCAUCUUGACGGUGAUCGCCUUGUCCUUCGUCGAGACCUUCCAGUUUGGGCCGCGGAUUUUGGGCGGUUUUGGUGGUCAAUUCCUUUGCCUUUCUGCCAUCCUUGCAUUCAAGUGGCUCCCAUGGUCUCCUUCCAUUCUAUAUGACUUGCUGCUGGGUGUGGUGUUGCUAUGCUCGGUGGCCACCGGCUAUCUGGACUCGGCACUGCUGUCGCUGUGCUCACAAUACAGCUCCAAGAUGCAGGCAUACUUGCAGAUUGGUUUGGGCUUUGGUACCCUGGUCUCCGUGGCCUACCGCGACGUCACGAAGCUGGUGUCCUCGGAGGUCUCCGUGGCCUCCACAGCGUUCUUCGUCGUGGCCUUGGCCACGGUGCUGGUGUGUAUCUCUGCUUAUCGCUUGCUGAUGCUCCUGCCCGCCUCACGGCAUCUCUCCGAUGCUGCACCUGGCGCCUCCAGCUACGGCGCAGUGUCGGACACCGCGAAGGGCUCCGGAGCGGCGAGCGGUGCGACGGUCGGGGCGGUGCUGUCAGUGGUGUGGUUCAAUCAGCUGGUGAUCUUUGGGAACUUCUUCCUCACCACCUUGUGCUACCCAGGGCUGAUCACUGCGAUUCCUUGCAAGCAGAUGAAGUCGUUGGAUGUGGACCAAUGGUUUCAAACGAUUCUCUUGACGGUGUCCGAGAGUCUCCACUGCCACCUGGCGCUUGCUGUCGAGUUCCGAGACUGCCCAUCUGGCGCUUGCUGUUGUGGUCCGGUAGUGCCCACUGCGCCCUGGAGCUUGCUGUUGAAGUCUGGGAGUGCACACUGUGAUCAGACUCUUGCUGUUGAGGGAGGAGGCCGGGAGAAGGAGGACGAGGAGUUACGACGCCUCUCUUACAAAUCUGGCCGCCCUCACCUGCCAGGUGGGGAAGAAGCAAAAAGCAGAAAGGGGUGUGUCCUACUUUCAACUAUUUUGCGCGAGCUUCCUAAUAUCCUUUCAAUUUGCGGUCGUGUGUUUGUCUACUUUGUUAAAGCUUGGGGUUGGAUCGCGCCCAAUGGAAGCUUAACUCCAUCAACACAACUCAAGCCAAUGAAAGAGCAGCUGGUAGGGGCUGGUACCACCCAAUGAUCGGCCCAUUCCAGAUUAAAGCGCCACGUGGUCCAAGAGUUACUUGAAGGAACGAUCAUCCAAUGGUCCGAGAGUCUCUGAUCAGCUCAGGUUUGCCAUGUUCGACAUCGUGGCACGCUUUUGCACACACAUUCGCUUCGGCCUUGACCAUGGAAAUAUCCAGUACACGGUCCUGCUCCGAGCCCUCUUGGUGCCUUUGAUGCUGACUUGUGCCGUUGGAACGACCAGCGAUCUUUGGUCCAUGGUGGCCGUCGCGGCGUUUGGUUUGUUGAAUGGCUAUAGCGGAUCCUUGUCGCUGAUCGUCAUCAACGAGAUCCCUGGCCUCACCGCGGAGCAGCGGAAGACUUGCGGUCGAUUGUCCGCCUGUGCCGUAAAUGGUGGGCUGUGUUUGGGGUCCUUGGUGGCCUCAGCACUGAGUGCAAAAUUGCAGUUGGAUGAGUGAAGGAUGCAGUUAACGUCUUCCAGGAAAAAAAUCCACGUGGGUGUUUGUCUCAUGGGCUCAUGUUGUCUCAUGGGCUCAUAGCACGCCGACAGUGACAGUUUUAUACCGGUGGCAAGGCCGGCGGUCUCCAUACGCGAGCUGCGGCCAGCGUCCCUUUGCGUUAUGCUUGUGUUAUUGAUGUGCAACGACAGACACCGCAGCUGGCAGCUGCACUGUCGGCUGCAGAUUCAGAAAGGGCCGCUGUGAUUGGAAUUCGUAGUGUUUUCC